GUCUGUUUCUGCGCUUUUCUUGUGUUAACAUUAUUUAAAUAAAAAAUACACAUUAUCUCGAAUACGUUUAGAAAUAACUGUUCUGCUGAUGUUUCUUUUAGGAUUAAGGAUGCUCAUUAAAGUGAAGUUCAACCAUGAACAAAAGUUUGUUAAAGUUUCUGGCUCUGACCUGAAACUCUCUGAUUUUCUGGAUGAAGCCUUUGUGAAAUUCGGAAUUCCCGCCUCCAAACGCGCCGAGACCAGGCUCUACGAUUCGUCUUACACAGAAGUUGAUGAGGAUGUUUUCGAGGAGGUUAUAAAGCAGCCAAAUUUAGGCGUUUUUAUUCUUCGAUUCGAAAACUCGUCACACGAUUUGGCCCAGGUCCCUUCUGUGACAAGUGAAGAAAGCUCAUUGCAGAAUGCAAACUAUGAAUCUGAUGACACCAGUCUUCUAAUUGAUGGAAGUCCUUCAAGAAAGCAACAGAGGGUUGAAGACGAAGCCAGAAUUUUGGUCCAAAAAAUCCUGCAGACUAAACCUGGUGGAGACGCAAUCAUCAGGGAAUACAACAAAACCAAAAGCUUGACUGACAGCACCAGGAGAAAGAUGAUCAAGAUUCUUACUGCAGAUAUGACUGAAAAACACAGCACAUCUCCACCCAGAAAUAUUAGGGAAAUGUAUGCCCAAGGAAUCGUUGCCCUGUUUCCAAAUCUUCGUGAUCCCUACACAAAGAAUGGAUAUGAACAUUAUUAUGACCCUCAAAGUGGACAAGGUUACUUGACUUGGAAAAUAAAGAACAUUCAGAGGAACAGUGCAUCAUCAGAGAACUGUAGACGUUCCUCACAGUCUUUCAGUGGUGGCCCAACUUCGGAAAGAGAGGCUGCAUCCAGCACAGAUGUUAUCCUCACUGAAGAACGGUGUAGAGAAGCAGUUUCUCUAAUGAAGCACACCUCAGAAGUGGACACCAUCAAGAUCAAAAUGAAGGAGACAUUUCAGUACCGUCGCAAGAUGAUUCAAGACCCGAACAGAAGCACUGAUGUGUUGACGGAAUUUCCACGCUUCUUGGAUGUUCAAGGCCUGAUUGAACAGGAUUUUGUUUUGCUCUUUGGUGAAAAGACGACUUCUAAGCUUUUAGAAAGGUGGCCAACUACAUUCAUGCACAAAGUUAUUCAGCAAACCAAAAGUCUUAACUCCUCCCAAGCUCUUCAGGACUUGAUUGACUGUGCCGAAAUGACUGUGAAGGAGAAUGAAAUGGGGGAUGCAGGAUGGAACAGUGACAUUGCUUCUAUUCUUCUUUUACUUCAUUUGAUCCCACCUUCACCACAAGGCAGAAAGAGACCUGGAAAGAUGUCCGCAUCUCAAGCAGAAAAACACCUCGUCAUCUUUAAAAAGGCCGGUACUAACAUACAAGAGCACCUGGACUCAAUUGAAGAAAGCACACAGCCAUACCUGCUUGCCAUGGGUCCAAAGAAGAACAGCAUUCAUGUAUACUACAUCAUUCUCGACAAGAAAGCCAUACCGUGCAAAUCAGUGAGUGGUCUCAGUGCCUUUGAUGAACUUUUCAAAGCGCACUUUGUGUUUGGUGCAUCUUACAGCAAAGUCCUGCACAACAUGUACACCUUUGUACAAACAACAGUUUUUCAGAUUGACAUUGGCAAAGUCAAAGAGUGCCCAAGAGUUGCUGAACUCAGAGCUAGAUUCCUGCGUUAGAUUUGAUUGCUGGGAAAAAUGAUUUGUUUUGUUUGUUGUUGUUGUCUGAAAAACACAAAUGUUCUUGUUCGACAUCUAAAGUUA